AUGGAUCAAUUGCAAGUCGACAGGUCAAUGACCCUCCCACCUUACACUCCAUCCCACCCCACCAAAUUUGAACUCUCAUACCCUCCUCCAACCCUUCAAAACCCCAUAACCCCAAUCUACCGCUCCCAAUCCUUCCUCCCACCUCUCUCCGACGGCUCACCACCCGAAUACCGUCAUUCCCUCCAGACCAUCGAUUCAACCUUAAAACCCGCGUAUAUCCUCCACUUCGACGCAUCCACCAAAAACACCAUUUUAAAAACCCCAGAAGGCCAAAAAGUAACCUCGAUAUCCUUCUUAAAACCUCGACGACAAACUGUUACGACGUUUUUGACUUCUGAUGUGGAUGCUCAAACUCUUGCUGGAUCGUCAUUUACAUUAAGAGAUGACGAAGACGACGAUAAUAAUGAAGAUGUACAAGAAGAAGAAGAAGAAGAAUAUGCAGAAGAAGUAAACUCAAUCCUUCUCGACCCCACCGUUCCAGCAAAACAAACAAUUACACUAUCAUCCCAUAAAUACUUCCACACAAAGGGCACAAAAUUUACAACAAAAUCCGGUACCUCAUACCGUUGGCAAAAGUCAAUAAACCCAUCGUCGACACCAUCGAUAUCAAGUAUAAAGGGAAUACCAAAACCAACAGCACUACCGCACUCGACUUUCGUACUAACUCGUACUCCACCAAAGAGUCAAAGGACACCGGGAAGUACAGAAAUAGUAGGAAGGAUCAAGAUAACCGAAGGGAGUUCUUUAAAGGCGAUACUGGAGUUGAAGGGCGGACAGGAAGAAUUACCAGAAGCGAUGUUUUUGGGUAGUGCGAUAGCUGUGUUAAAAAAGCUUGACUUGAAGGCUGCAAGGCAGAAAGCGCAAAGGUCUUUACCUCAGAAUCUAGUGCAGAUUACGUUCUAA